CACUUAACCCCCCUUUUCCUCUCUGUCUCAAUCCAAGUAAAAAAACAAACCCAAUUUAUAUUUAUUUUCUCCACUGCCGCAACUUCAUCUUCAUCCCUUUCCACACCUCCCCAUUCAUUUUUUUGCUUUAUGGAGGGUUUCAGAUCCAAAUCAUACAGGGAUGGUGAGAUGCAGAUGGAUAGCUACUACUAUCAAGCUAAAGAAGGAGGGCCAAGGAACAUGCAAGACCUCAGAUGCUACAGUGCCAAUUAUGCCAACUCUGUUCAACCACCAAAUCAGCUGGGCAAGGAAAUUAAGAUGAAGAAAAGCAAAAGUACUUUUGGGUCUUCUUCAAAAUCAUGGAGCUUCAAUGAUCCGGAGCUGCAGAGGAAGAAAAGGGUUGCUGGUUACAAGGUUUACGCGGUUGAAGGCAAGAUGAAAGGGUCUCUAAGGAAAAGCUUUAGGUGGAUCAAAGACUAUGUAUUGUAUGGGUGGCGCUGAUUCUCUGCUACAUGUCUCGAUUUUUCUUUUUCUUCUUUGUUGGGACUAUGUCGGUGGAUGGCAACUUUGGGAUAUGCGAAAUUUCCUUGAAUCUGGAAUUUUUCAUAAGCUUUUACAAUAUAUAGAGCAUAAAGUAUACUUUGUAGAAUUUUAAUUAUAGAUUAUCUGAGUACGUAUUUCUCAAAUUAGUGAGAUUUAGGUCCUCAGCGAAAUUGAACAUGUUAAUUCAUUUCCUUAGAUUGCAUUCUAUCUAAAGAGGGUCUUGAUAAUGUGCCAUCGUCAA